GUUGUGUCGCCUUUUCUAGCUCAAGCAGCCUCUGCUUGCUUGCAACGAUGAAAACCUCUCUCGUUCUCUUGCUGACAUCAGCCUUACAACAUGCCGCGUUUUGGGAGACUAAUGGAGACCUCGUGUCCAAAGCCCCCUGCAGACCCGGCUUCUCGCAAAGUUCCUACUCUGUGCUCAUUUCAAGGGAUGUACUGCAAAGCCAGAGCAUAAUUAAAGAUACCACCGUGUCAUCGCGGAAAGUGAGGUUUGAUGACUGUAUGGAGAACGAGGGGGUGGUCUUUCAGAGCGGUGACGCCAGGUUCAGCGUUGGGACCGAUGGGUCCAUCUACACCCAGAGAGAGGUGGCAGGCCUGAGCGGACCGGUCCAGUUCACGGUCACUGCCAGCGGUCCACACACACACGUGUGGGAGACAACGGUCAAACUGGCCCUGACGGGGCAACCCACACCCUCACCGCCGGGCAAUCAGAUCAGAGUGGAACAGGGGAAAGAAGGGGAGAGGAAAGAGGAAGAGGAGGUCAAAGCAUCACCAGAGUUCCAGGCCCCACCCACCGUCAUCAUGUUUCCCAGGCAACGGGAGAUGAGCUCCAAGGUACUGCGGAGACAGAAGAGAGACUGGGUCAUUCCGCCAAUCAACGUGCCUGAAAACUCCAGAGGGCCCUUCCCACAGAUGCUCGUCAGCAUCCGUUCGGACCAGGACCGUAACAUCUCCAUCCGGUACAGCAUCACGGGGGUGGGAGCGGACCAGCCACCCAAUGAGGUGUUCAGUAUCGACCCUGUCGCCGGGAAGAUGUUCGUCACCAAACCCCUGGACCGAGAGAAGAGAUCGUCGUACCAUCUUCGUGCCCAUGCAGUGAACAUGAAUGGUGAGCGGGUGGAGAGCCCCAUAGACCUGUACAUCUAUGUCAUAGACAUGAACGACAACCGGCCUGAAUUCAAGAACCAGGUCUACAACGGCUCUGUGGAUGAGGGCUCCAAGCCAGGUACAUUUGUGAUGCACCUGGCAGCCUUCGAUAAUGACGACAACACCACGGCCAAUGGGAUGGUGCGCUACCGGAUCCUGUCCCAGACGCCACACAGCCCCAUCCCCAACAUGUUCACCAUCAACAGCGAGACUGGAGACAUCGUCACCGUGGCAGCAGGCCUCGACCGCGAGAAAGUGUCCCAGUACAGCAUCAUAGUCCAGGCCACGGACAUGGAGGGCAACCUAAACUUUGGCCUGUCUAACACGGCCACCGCCAUCAUCUCUGUCACAGACAUCAACGACAACCCGCCGGAGCUCACCUCCAGAACCUUUUCAGGGGAGGUCCCAGAGAACCGGGUCAAUGUUGUGGUUGCCAACCUGACCGUGAUUGACCGGGAUCAGCCACACUCGCCCAACUGGAAUGCCGUGUACAGGAUCAUCAGCGGAGACCCGAUAGGUCACUUCACCAUCAUCACCGACCAACACACCAACGACGGCAUGGUUACCGUAGUGAAGCCGGUGGACUUUGAGCAGAACAGAGCCUUCAUGCUGACGGUGGUGGUCAACAACCAGGCCCCGCUGGCAAGUGGGAUCCAGUCGUCCCUCCAGUCCACAUCUGGGGUCACCAUCUCUGUGGUAGACAUCAACGAACCGCCCUACUUCCCUACUAACCCCAAGUCCAUCCGCUUUGAGGAGGGCGUCCCCGCUGGCACCUCUCUCACCACAUUCUCAGCCAGCGACCCUGACCGUUUCAUGCAGCAGAGCAUCAGGUAUUCUAAACUGGCCGACCCAGCUGACUGGCUGUCCAUCAACAACACCAACGGUCAGAUCAUCACCACGGCAACCCUGGACAGAGAGUCCAUCUACGUCAAAAACAACAUUUAUGAAGCCACCUUCCUCGCGGUUGACAAUGGCUCUCCCAUGGCCAGUGGUACAGGGACCCUGCAGAUCUAUCUGAUAGAUGUGAAUGACAACGCUCCGUCUCUGCUGCCCCGCGAGUCUCAGAUUUGUGAGCGCAUCAACCGUAACGCCGGCAUCAACAUCACGGCUGCAGACACAGACACGGACCCCAACGUAGGCCCUUUCGUCUUCGAGCUGCCCACGUUCCCCGCUAGCAUACGACGUAACUGGACAGUGUCACGUCUCAACGGUGACUAUGCCCGGUUGAGUUUACGGACCCAGUAUCUGGAGCCGGGGGUGUAUGAGGUGCCUGUGAUUGUGACCGAUUCGGGGAACCCUCCCCUCUCCAACAGGUCCAUUAUUAAGGUCAAGGUGUGUCCAUGUGAUGAGAACGGAGACUGCACCCUUGUCGGGGCUGUGGCUGCCGCUGGACUUGGGACUGGAGCCAUCAUAGCCAUUCUCAUCUGUAUCAUCAUACUGCUCAGUAUGGUGCUAGUGUUUGUAUUGUGGAUGAAGCGCAGAGAGAAGGAGAGACAGACCAAACAGCUGCUGAUUGACCCGGAGGACGAUGUCAGAGAUAACAUCCUGAAAUACGAUGAGGAGGGAGGGGGAGAGGAGGACCAGGACUAUGACCUGAGCCAGCUGCAGCAGCCUGACUCCUUGGAGCACAUCAUCAGUAAGCCCCCGGGGGUACGGAGGGUGGACGAGCGCCCCAUCAUCCCUGAGUCCCAGUACCCCAUUCGACCGGUGGUCCCCCACCCUGGGGACAUCGGGGACUUCAUCAAUGAGGGUCUGCGGGCGGCAGACAAUGACCCCACGGCCCCUCCCUAUGACUCCCUCCUGGUGUUUGACUACGAGGGCAGCGGCUCUACGGUCGGCUCCGUCAGCUCCCUCAACUCCUCCAGCACAGGGGACCAGGACUACGACUACCUCAACGACUGGGGCCCCCGCUUCAAGAAGCUAGCCGACAUGUACGGGGGAGGGGACGACGAAUAGGGCCACAGGGGGGCCUCGUUAAAGAUCCACACACCCAGCUGGACCCCCCUCCGCUGGUCUGCCAUGCUCUCUCUGUCUCUCCAACCUUGGAGACACGCACACACACACACCACACACACCAACGCACACCACACACACCAACACACACAACAAUAUACACCACACACGGCAGUACACAUUACACACGACAAUACACACCACACCCGACAAUACACACCUCACACACACACACACACACAAACCAACUGAACUGACCUAGCAACUGACCAAUCAAUCAAGCAACCGCCAUAGUGAACUGUGCAGUGAGGCAGCUUUGUCCUUCUGUACUGUAUUGUACUGUACUGAGCCCUCUCCUGCUCCAAGGUGUGUGGGGGGGAAGGGGGUAGAUUUUUGGGGUUGGCUACUUUUGUUUUAUGUUAUUUAGAAAAUGUUUGAUUAUGUCAUGGUGUCCUCACUGUCCUUAAAUGCAAGCUAUUUCCUGGUGUUUGGAGGCCAUUGGCUUUCUAUUUCCCCCAUCAGCCCCCAGCCUGUCCCUUUGCAGAUAGAUUGAGGUGCAUAUUGCGUGACGGGGAAGAAAAGAAUAAAGAAACACAGAAAGUCAACUCCUUCCUCUGCGUGGAAGGCCCUGGUUUAAUCUCUCUGAACUUGAAUUCCAUAGAACAGAAGCACUGUUGUUUCAGAAGUGCCUUCAGUGGUGCGUAUUUUUUGCUGACUCCCGCUAACUCAGGAUUGGUGGCCAUUUUCUGGGCUAACGUGCACCCCGUCCUCCCCCUGUCCCCUAAUUACCCCUCACCUUUCAAUUGUGACAUUCCCAUCCCUUUUCCUGUGUCAUGUCCAUCACCCUGCAAUGGAACACGGGCAGAUGCAGUAUAAGUUGCAGAGGGGAUUUGCCUUUGGGGGUGAGGGGGUAUCAUUGGUGUGAAUUUCGGAGAGGGAGUGCUCUGUACAAAGACAGACAGUAUAUCUCCUUAGGUGAAGGACAAAUCUUUCCUUUACAAUCUGGUACAUCUGAGCUUCUAAUGCACAGCCAUCGCCUGUGUGACAAUAGGAAUCAUCCCACUGACACAGAAUGGGACUGUGUCGUUAGACAACAUGUAUUUACUGUAUUCGAACAGUGUGUGCCCUCUGAGAGCAGUUGAGUUUGGAUGGUUUUGUGACUUUGUGGUUUUGAGUUCGGAUUACUUUGCACUUUUGACUAAGUGAGGCUGUGUGAGUUAGGGAUAGAGGGAUGACGAGUCAUUUUUAACGUGAAAGAAAUUCAUCCAUAGGAGGUUUUUUUUUCUUUUCCUAGUCUCUAUUCUUAGAUGAAGGAUAUGGGUGGGUUGCAUGGUUCUGUCCCCCGUUUCCAAAUGUUGUCAACUUGGCACUAGUUGUCUUGUGGUCUUGUUGGUCAAUGUGGUGAGGAAAACUAUAUAAACUGUAAAAAGAUGAGAAAAAGGGUGUAAAAGUAGAUAUUUUUUAAAGUAUUAGUAUAAACCGUUUGUGCUCCAUUUCUGCUGGCAUUGCUGGCAGAGAAGACAAAUUGUGAGACCCAAAGUUUCAAGCUUCGACUUUUUUCGGUGUGCUGAUUCACUGUUGUGUCUUGACACACUUUUGAUAUACCAUCUCUGAUGCUGGUCCCCGUCGCAGCAACAGAGAGAGCGAGAGAGAGCUGAGAUUCUGUCGGGGACUUAGCAAGCACCACAAUCUGUCUCUCCUCAGACACUUUCAUUCAUUUGAAAUGCAAGAGGUUUUGAAAACAUGUAGGAGAAAAUGUGUCUGUUGCAAACUUUUUUGGGGGGGAAAGAGCGAUGGAGAAGAACUGCACUUUACCAAAACAGGGUUUAAUAGUGCUAAACAUUUCACUUUUUAGAGAAGAAGGUGCAUAUGAGGAACAUACAUUUUAUUGUCUUUUGUGAAAACACCCCUACCCAACAUUCCUAUGAUAUACAGUACAUUUCCCCCGGUUAUACAAGUUGUUUCUCACUCACACACAGGCAGAAGUCCUUUUGUAAAUGAGCUUUCACAUAGUGUUCCCAGUUGAGGAGAUGCUGAAGAAAUCAACACAGCUUCUCUCACACUGCCCGUUCACACCGUCCACUCCUUCUCUCGGCAGUUUAACCGAGUCCAUCGGAUUGUUUUGCUCUAUCAAAAAUGUCAGCUGAGUUCAAUGUAAUUUCAGCUGAGAUUUACACUUGAGAGAAAUGUGGUUUCUAUAUGUAGAGAUACUUCUCUCUCCCCAAGCUCUUUCUCUCUAAUGGUGGAUUUGAUAGAAAUUGGGCAGGGUUAUAUAUUUAAUUCAUCCUCCAGUUACCCUUCGUAAUAAAGAGGAUGAUGGAUCCUUCCAGGUAGUCUCCUUGACAGAGAGCGAGAGAGAGAGAGCCUUUAAACUCCUAGAUAAGAUAUGAGGAGAGAAGAGGACUCUCAGCGUCCCAUGCACUUCCUCCCAGCAUUCCCUUCUCUAUCAGGUCUUUACACACUACAUCCAGCAUCUCUUCGUCACAUCUUCCUCUGGAGAAAAAAGAUAUGUACAGUAUGCCUUACAGAGAGGGGAGGGGAGUGGAAUGGAGGGAGGGAGGGGGGGAUAGGGGCAGAGAGGUGGGAGGAAGAAAAAUGAUAGGAAGGGCACUGAAAGGGGGAGUAGGACAUAUAUGGGCUGUUGAAUAACAGUGAGUUGGACCCCAAACCCACCUGAUGUAGAGUGACAGGGCAUCAGUGGGUAUGAACUUUGACCCUCUGGUCCUGCUGUGUACUGACAAUGCCUUUGGAUGGUGACAUACACAGAAACAGGAAGCGGUAUUUAGGGUUUCCACCUUACCACUCGCCAUCACAAAGUAGGAUUAGUGCUCCUCUCUUCACUAAAGCUUAGCUCAAUGCACUUACGCACACACACACACACACACACACACACACACACACACACACACACACACACACACACACACACACACACACACACACACACACACACACACACACACACACACACACACGCACGCACAUACACAUUGCACAGCUGUUGCUGUUCAUGAUUAUCUCCGACAUAUAAAUGUUGUACAUAAACGUUUCUUUUUUACACAUUCUGUUGUUUUGUACAUUUGUUCUCUUUAUAUUCUUCACCCUGUGUUUUGUUUUGUUUGCUGUUCGACAAGUAGCCUACCGAGCCUGCUCGCAAGCUUCAGAUCGCCGCAAAGGCCAUUUGCGUUCACUGAAGAUUCAAAGAGACUCAUACGCUCACAGCCAUACUUGUUUAUGUGGGUGUCGCUGUUCAAGGUUGGCGUCAUUAUUACAUCACACGACGUCCUCCUAUAUAUAUUUGCACUCACCCUCUCUGGGCAUCACCCUGCAUGUCAACCCAUACCGAUAAGGCCUCCUUGCUAUGCCCCACCCGAGAGAGUCCAGCCUGGCUGAAGGCCAGAGAGCAUUCAGAAAGACAUGUUUUAUGACUGCCUGAUGGUCCCUCAAGUCUGUCAAAUAUACACCUGCAUGGGUGGCAGCGAACAGAGAGGAGACCCAAGGCACUUCAUGUUCCCACUUUACAUAAGGCUGCUGUCAUAAGCACUACAUAGCAUCAUCACGUAAAUAGGCUGCUGCCUGUCAUAGUGAAUGUGUCAUUAUCCAGGAGUUAUUAGUGAGAUAAAUGAAGCCGUGCCAUUCCAACGCUAUGAGGGGAUGAGAGGGAAGCCAGGGAGGGGUGAAAUUAAGGUUUUGGAUAAACGAAGGCUUGAAUUGGAGGUUUGAAGGUUGUACUUGUAAAUAUGCAACGGUGGUUGUGGUUGGGGUGAAUGGAUGAUAUUGGUGUGACAAUGACACUCACAGGGGAACUGGGAUCAGGAUGUAUGGAUUUGCGCAUCCACGUCUUAGUUUGGCAUAUUGAAGCAGGAGCUCGCGGGAGGCUAAAGUAUACAAAUCAAUUCUUUGAGACAAAAGCUUGGGAUGAAUGCUAUAGUGGGAGGAAUGCAGUAUGUUUAGCUUCUGCAGAUGUAUUUCAGACCAGCCAUUUAGUAUCUGUGUGUACGGCUUGGCCCUACUCUACAGCAUACACUCCCUUUACCAUAAGGCCUGCACACAAGCAGUCAAGUCUGUCUGUCCGUGUCCGUUUGUCCCCUAGAUAGAAGUGGUCAUCUUCUGUUAGCCUUUGAACGGUUACCCCCACCGGAGGAACAUAGAUCCGGAAAGCUCUCCCCAAUCCAUGGGGUGUUCUGCACUCGAUCCAACUGCAGGAGACUCCCAACAAGUUAGUUACAGUGCUCGACGUAGCCUUCACUUUCACCAGGAACGCACAGAAACAUGACAGUGUCUGAGUCUCAAAUGGCCCCUUGUUCUCCAUAUAGUACACUGCCGUGGUUGAAAGUAAUGCACUAUAAGGGACAGGAUACGAUUUGAGACGCAACCAAUGUCGCAUUGGAGUCGCCCCGGUGUUGCUCACGUCUGAGUGUACAUAAUGUAGUAAUUUGCUUGAAGCUAAUCGGAUCAAGUUAGGCAACAUAUAACUGUACAAUUUGAGCUUUUUUUGCAUGUGUCUUUUUAUAAUGGGCAGAAGAAGAAUUGUAACAGUUAUCAUAAAGAUCCAUUUUAACGCGUGUAGCAGCCCGCAUGACCGAGGUUGCGGUCCAGAAGAACUUCUGGUGUGUACCAUACUCACAUAAACUCAAAUGGAGAAAAAAAAAUGACAUGGAAAACAAUCUAAAAUGCUUUUAAAAAAUAAUAAAAAACACGAAAGAAUAAUUGCACAGUUAUCAAGGUAAGAUACUUUUUUUUGUAAACUGUCAACAGCACAACUAUUUUGUAUUGUUGUUUGUACCAUUUUGUAUGAAAAAAAGGGGAAAAAAACUUGAAGAAAAAAAAGGGAAAGAGUGUGUUGUUUUAAGCGUGUGUUUCUAGUGCCACUGCGAUCUUGGUUUCCAAAUACAGUACAGUACAUACGCAGCCUUGCAGAUAAACCUUGUAAUAUAGAUGCUGAGUUGGCGACUCCACGUCAGCGCCCCCUGUGUUAUAAAUAAAGUUUCCCCCUCCUUAUGCAA